AUGGCACCAUCUGCUACAGAAGAGCCUGUCCCUAUGCAGCUACCCGCUGUUACGAAGGCUUCAUCCAUCACUGCAUCUGUCCUCCAUGGCCCCAGAGAUCUGCGUCUGGAGCGGCGAGCCAUCGAGGAGCCAGGUCCCGGUGAGCUACAGAUUGCUAUCAAGACCACCGGCAUCUGCGGUUCUGAUGUCUCCUACUACAAGAAAUUCGCCAAUGGCGAUCUCUGUGCCCGCAUGCCGCUCUCUCUCGGGCACGAAUCGUGCGGCGUGGUUGUCGCCAUCGGGCCCGAGGUCACGGGCUUCAAGGUCGGCGACCGCGUGGCGCUCGAGGUCGGCAUCCCGUGCGGCAAGUGCACUAUCUGCUUCCAAGGGAGGUAUAACCUCUGCAAGCGCAUGAGGUUCCGGAGCAGCGCCAAAUCGUACCCCCAUUUUCAGGGUACAUUACAGGAGCGGAUUAACCAUCCUGCUAUCUGGUGUCAUAAAUUGCCUGAUCACGUUUCCUUUGAUUCGGCUGCUUUGCUUGAGCCGUUGUCUGUUGCGAUCCAUGCCGUCAACCGGGCAAAGCCGACUCCUGGCUCCACGGCUCUCGUCAUGGGCGCCGGCACUGUCGGUCUCCUAACCGCAGCCAUGGCUCGGCAAUCCGGCUGUACCUCCAUCAUUAUCGCUGACGUCGACCAAGGUCGUGUCGAUUUUGCCAUCUCCAAGGGUUUCGCGACGCAUGGCUACGUGGUACAGCGUCCACUGCAUGCCUCUCCCAGCAGUUCAUCUAUCAUCGACUCUUCCAGUUGCUGCAGCUCCGGCACAUCAACCCCUCUUGACGGUGUAAUGCCCGCCAAGACACUCUGUUUCCAAGCCCAGCUCGACUACGCCAAGACCCAGGCCACGGAGAUGCUCGCCCUGCUCGCAGACGUCAACCCGUUCUACGGCUCUGAGGACGAAGAUGACGGUGUCGACCUUGCCUUUGAGUGCACUGGCAAGGAGGUCUGCAUGCACACCUCACUGUACGCGACACGGCCCGGAGGGAAGGUCGUCAUGGUUGGCAUGGGCACGCCCAUCCAGACGCUGCCGCUAUCAGUUGCCCAUCUGCGCGAGAUCGAUAUCAUCGGGAUCUUCCGCUACGCGAAUACCUACGCCACAGGUAUCAAGCUAUUGAGUGCGGCGCGCGAGCAGAGGAAACGAGCUACCGUCGGUUGCGCAGGGUAUGUUCUGCCUGACCUUGACCAGAUGGUCACCCAUCGGUUCAAGGGGCUUGAGAACGCGGAUAAAGCGUUUGAGCUCGCCAGCAGGACGUCCGAUAAUGAGGGGAAUUUGGUGUUGAAGGUUGUUAUUGAGCAGUAA